GCGUCCGUAGCAAUAAGUCAAUCUAGAUUGAGCCAAGAAGCUCCAGCCACACCAACUUAACCACUACCCUCCUCACCCUUUUUCUUGUGCGAGACAACCUACCAUUUUCUUAGUAGCCUAGGUAGCCGUUCAAUCCACGCAACAACCCCACGUGGACAAUGUCACGCUUCGUCUCGGCAGGGGCCAUCGACGCGGCGACGGGCCACGCCGUGUCGUCGGCCGCGGUCGACGCGGACCCGACGGCCACCAGUCGACCCGGCGGCGGCGGCGGCGGCGGCGGCGCAGCCACCUCGGCCCCCGAGCCCGCGCCCGCCGCCGUCGGCAGUAGCAGCAGCAGCAGCAGCAGCGGCAGCUCCAAGCGGCAGAGCGAGUGGGAGGCGGUGAGCCGCGAGCUCGAGGAGCAGCGGCGGCAGCGCGAGGCCGAGGCGCGGCGGGCCGCCGAGGGCGGGGAGAAGAGCCUGUUUGCGAUACUGCAGGAGAACAAGGCCGCCAAGCAGGCCGCGUUCGAGGAGGCCAACAAGAUCAAGAACCAGUUCCGGGCGCUUGACGACGACGAGGUCGAGUUCCUGCACGAGGUGCAGGCGUCGACGCGCCGCGAGGAGGACCGCACCCGCCGCGAGGUCGAGGAGGGGCUCGACCGGUUCCGCGAGGCCCGGCGCAGGGGCGGCGGCGUCGUGCGGGAGGGGGAGGGCGAGGAUCCGGCGAGGACGGCGGCCGAGGCGGAGGUGGCGGCGGUGGGCGCUGGUGUUGAUGCACCGGCGGAGGAGGACUGGGCCGCUGCCGGGCGCAAGCGCAGGAGGAAGGACGACGGCGGUGGCGGGAGGGGUGCCGGGAUCCUGAGGGGCGUCGUGAGGCGCAAGACGACGUCUGCGGCGGGCAAGGAGCAGAAGUCGGCGGCGGUGGCUGGGGGUGAGGCUCCGUCGGGGGUUGAUGCGGCAAAAGCGGUUCCGACACCGCCACCAAAGCCCGACGCAACCCAGGUGGCCGCGCCUCCCUCGGCAAAGCCGGGCCUCGGGCUGGUAGACUACGGGUCUGAUGAUGAUUCGGAUUAGUCUGUCAUACAAACAAGAUUUGAAACUAUGACCUUGAACAAGGCCUCCAGGACUCCCCCCCAUAUCCCCAGUUUUGGUAUACAAGGUUCCCGCCCCCUGUGAGAAGCGAGUAUAGUACAGAUGCCGCCCUCUGUCGAGCCCAUUAUGACCCCCACAAGCAUGUUGAGCGG